CUGCAAUCUGCAUACAGUUAUACUUUUUCUCUUUUGCUGUGCUUUCUGGAAUUUCCUAAUCACUAUGGCAAUGGCAGCAGAUUCAAAAGAAACAGAGCUCCCAGUGAAGGCCUUUGGAUGGGCAGCGAGGGAUACCUCUGGUGUUCUCUCUCCAUUCAACUUUUCCAGAAGGGAAACAGGGGAGAAGGAUGUGCAAUUCAAGGUGAUGUAUUGUGGAAUUUGCCAUUCAGAUCUUCACCAGCUCAAAAAUGAAUGGGGUUCCACUUCAUAUCCUAUUGUUCCCGGGCAUGAGAUCGUUGGUGUGGUGACUGAAGUGGGGGGCAAGGUCCAGAAGUUUAAGGUCGGCGACAAAGUGGGUGUGGGAUGUUUUGUCGGAUCCUGCCGCACGUGCGAAAGGUGUGAAAGUGAUUUGGAAAACUACUGCGCAGGAGGAAUCCUAACCUACAAUGCUGUCGGGACCACCACAUACGGUGGUUACUCAGACAUUAUGGUCGCCGACGAGCACUUUGUUCUCCGCUGGCCGGAAAAUUUGCCCAUGGAGGCUGCUCCUCUGCUCUGUGCCGGGAUCACCACGUAUAGCCCUUUGAGAUACUUCGGACUCGACAAGCCCGGAAUGCACAUCGGAGUUGUCGGGCUCGGUGGCCUUGGCCAUAUGGCUGUCAAGUUCGCUAAGGCUUUUGGAUGCAAAGUUACUGUCAUCAGCACCUCUGCUGGUAAAAAGCAGGAAGCCGUUCAUCGUCUUGGCGCGCACUCAUUCUUGAUCAGCCGCAACUCAGAAGAAAUGCAGGCUGCCGCAAACACAUUAGAUGGCAUUAUAGACACCGUUUCUGCAGUUCACCCUCUUGUUCCACUACUCUCUUUAUUGAAAGUAAAUGGAAAGCUUGUUUUGGUUGGAGCUCCGGAAAAACCACUUGAAUUGCCUGCUUUUCUUUGAUCCCCGGUAGGAAACUGGUUGCGGGAAGUGCCGUUGGUGGAUUGAAAGAGACCCAAGAAAUGCUAGACUUUUCUGCUGAGAACAACAUAACACCGGAUGUGGAGGUUGUCCCAAUGGAUUAUGUGAACACUGCAAUGGAACGCCUCUCUAAUGCUCAAGUGAAAUAUAGAUUUGUACUAGACGUUGCAAGCAUUAGGGGUGGGAAAAGGCCAAAACAGGCAAGAGUUUUGCUUGAAGAGGUUGGACCUAUUUUAGUAUGUUUAGGCCUAUGUCUGGCCUGGUACUUGUUAAAGGUCUGUUUCUCGGCCAGAGUCUGAUUUAUUUAAACGCAUGGCUGAAGCAUGUAUAACUAAGCCCAUAAAGUAUUUUAUUUUAUAUAUAUAUAUAUAUAUAUAUAUAUAUAUAUAUAUAUAUAAUUGUAUUCUAAUUUAUAAUACACACUUCAUAAAAACACUUUUAUGCCUA